AUGGAAUUCGAACAGAUCCUACACAAGAUCGGAGGAUUCGGUUUCUUCAACAAGACCAUCAUGAUGACGGUUCUGGUUCUCGGAACCUGGCAUACCUCGCUCAUUUUCCUCAGUCACUUCUUUAUCCUGAUUCCUCCGCCUAACCAGUGGUGCUUCCUUAACCACACUUGGUCCGGAUUUCCUAACCUGACCACAUUGGUCAAAGGCAAGUGCCAGAUGGUUACCUCGCUGCUUGAUGACGAUUACGCAAACGCAAGCUUCUUGCGGAGGGACGAUGUCAAAUGUCCCUCCGAAUGGAUAUACGACAAAACAGAGUUCUUCACUACAAUAACCAUGGAGAACCAGUGGAUGUGCAGCGAUAGCUGGAAGAUGUACGCCGUGCACAGCAUCUACUGGUUGGGCUCCAUGUCCGGUUAUCUUAUUUCAGGAUUUCUGGCCGACAGAAUUGGACGAAAGAAGAUGAUCCUGAUCUUGACCGUGAUCGGCGGAUGCGCCAACUUGGCGGGAACUUUCUUCACCGAGCUUGUCGGAUUCAUGGUGACUCGCUACUUCACCGGCAUGGGCUCCUGCACGGUGUGCACCGCUGUCUUUGUAGUCGUGAUGGAGUACACGAUACCUGAAAGACGGACCCUGAUUCCUUUCGUCUGGGCGUCUUCUUGGGCCAUCCUCUCCUGCGUGUACCCCUGGUACGCGUACCUGCUGCAGAGCUGGAGAGGCCUGCUGCUAACCAACGCCUGCAUGGACGUCGCUCUGCUCUUCGUCUUGUACUGGGUUCCAGAAUCCUCUCGUUGGUUAGUGUCGGUCGGCCGCAACAAAGAGGCAGUCGCCAUUCUUGUGCGAGUUUCACGAAUCAACGGCAAGGCUGUCGACAAAGACUGCAUUACCGAGCUCUUGCAGGUGAGCCCUCCAGGUACUCAGAUAUUCUCAACAUCAAAGGAGCAGGAUGUGUCCGGUUUCUUCAAGGCCACGCUUGCCAUCAUGAGGUCUCGCCGUAUCAGAAAAUUCACCUUUCUGAUCUACACGGCUUGGUUCGCUAUCAGUCUUUGUUACAACGCGGGCACGCUGGAGCUGGGCAGACUAGGCUUGAACAUCUACACGACCUUCUCAAUCGCUGUGGCCUUCGAAUUUCCGGUCUACAUCGUUUGCAUCCUGGCAGUGGACACGCUAGGCCGCCGCUGGCCCAACGUCUUCUUCAUGUUCACGGGAGGCGUGGUGUGCCUCGCCAUGUCCCUUUUACGCACAGAAUCUGACCUCUGGACCUUAGUGAUGGCCGUGAUGUCCAUCAUGUCGUUCGCCGGAGGCUGCAGCAUCACCUACCAAUUGGCUUCCGAAAUCUUCCCCACGGUCAUCCGCGCUCGCUCGGUGCUCCUCCUGAGGCUUGUCGGGGACAUUGGAGGCCUUCUCGGGGCGCAAGUUACGUCGCUGGCGGAGCAUGACAAGUAUCUCCCGAUCCUGGUGAUGGGAGCGGUUUCCUUGAUGGCCUCGCUACUGCUAUUUUUCCUUCCGGACACAGUGAACCAUCCGAUGCCCCAAACAAUGGAAGACGGCGAGAACUUGGCGCGGGAUCAGUCGCUCUGGUUCUGCCCUGCCCUUGCAAAACGAACUUCAAAGAAGCCGCUACAUUUAUACCAACUAUGUGAAGGCCCUCCAACCUGUUUAGGUGUGCCAUUCGCUAGCUCAGUUCAUGAAGAUGGUAUUUCUGGGAACCUCGACAAACAGGAGAGCUAUUUGAAACUCAGUGACAAGGCUGAUACGGACACCGAGCAUACGAGCUAA